UGCCUUUUGCAACCUUGUAGAUCAUCAGCAAUAUUUCAAAUUAAUCUAAGAACAUUAGCAUAAAGCAUGGCUAGUGAUCAUAGUGUCCGUGGUGAGGAGGUGAUCAGCAACAAACAAGUGAUCCUCAAGGACUACGUGAGUGGUUUUCCAAGAGAAUCAAACCUGUACCUGACGACAAGUAACAUCAAACUCAAAGUGCCAGAAGAAGAGAGUGGUAAAGAUGCUGUGCUGGUUAAGAAUCUCUACUUGUCUUGUGAUCCUUUCAUGCGUGGACGCAUGCAGAGAGAUCUGCCACCCGGUGAACCUGAACAAUCUUCCUACUCCCUUGGCUCUCCAAUUGUUGGAUAUGGAGUGGCUAGAGUUGUUGAUUCCAGGCACUCUGACUUCAAGAAAGGUGAUUUGGUCUGGGGAAGGACAAUCGGCUGGGAAGAAUACAGUCUAAUAACAACACCUGAAUACCUCUUCAAAAUCAACCAUACUGAUGAUAUACCCCUUUCAUACUACACUGGAAUUCUUGGAAUGCCUGGCAUCACUGCUUAUUUUUGCUUCUUUGACAUUGGUUCUCCCAAGGAAGGAGACCGUGUCUACGUUUCAUCAGCAUCAGGCGCAGUUGGUCAGCUUGUUGGGCAAUUUGCAAAGCUGAUAGGUUGUUAUGUUGUUGGAAGUGCUGGAAGUAAAGAAAAGGUUGAACUAUUGAAGACCAAGUUUGGAUUUGAUGAUGCUUUCAAUUAUAAAGAGGAGCAUGACUUGGAUGCAGCCUUGAAAAGGUACUUCCCUGAAGGCAUCGACAUUUACUUUGAGAAUGUUGGAGGAAAAAUGCUUGAUGCUGUCCUUCUAAACAUGAGACACCAUGGCCGUAUUGCUUUGUGUGGAAUGAUCUCUCAAUACAAUCUCGAGCAGCCUGAAAGUGUGCAGAACUUAAUCGCUGUACUCUAUAAGCAUAUCCGGAUGGAAGGGUUUUCGGUUGCCGAGUACUAUGACCAAUACUCCAAGUUCUUGGAUUUUGUUCUGCCUUGUAUUAAAGAAGGGAAGAUUGUUUAUGUGGAAGACAUAACUGAAGGACUCGAGAGUGGCCCUGCUGCAUUGAUAGGCCUAUUCAGCGGCCGAAAUGUAGGCAAGCAAGUAGUGAAGGUUGCUCAGGAGUGAUCAGUCUCCCUUUACAUGUCUUCUUUCCAAUCCCAUUGCUUGUCUUACAUGCUUCAUUAAUAUAAGGCAGAACAAAAUCCAAGAACAGAAAAUAAAAUAAAAUUGAGGUUUCAAUUUAAAAAGCUUAUAACUGAAGGGCUGCGUGUAUGAUUUAGCCCCAUUUUCAGGAAAAUGGAUUCUUUUAUUUCUAAUCAAAUUUAUAUCAUUCUCAAUUUCCA